AUGGCUGCGAUCAUCUUGCAUCAUUUUGAUGCCUCACCCUUUGGCGAGAAGAUACGCCUCAUCUUUGGGCUCAAGGGUCUAUCAUGGAAGUCUGUAGAUGCCGAGCUCAUCAUGCCAAAGCCUAAACUCACGGCGUUGACCGGUGGCUAUCGAAAGACUCCCGUCAUGCAGAUUGGUUCCGACAUUUACUGCGACUCCCGUUUGAUUGCAGAAGAGCUGGAGGAGAGAUACCCUUCGCCUUCGAUAUUCCCAGGAGGAAGCAAGGGACUCUGUAUGGCGCUGUCCACUUGGAGCGACACCGACUUCCACAUUGCGAGCUCUGGGCUCACCAUUGGAGUCAACAAAGACCAGUUCCCUCUUGAGCUCAUGGCUGAUCGAAAGGCCUAUUUCAAGGGCUUCAUGGAUGUCGAUCGUCUCGACGCCGAUAUUGCCCAUCUGACGACUCAGCUGCGAGCCCAUGCAAGCCUCAUUGAGGAGCAGCUCUCUGAUGGCCGGCGCUUCUGGCUAGGCAGCGAGCCAAGUCUUGCCGACUUUCAUGCCUACGUCGAGAUCUGGACGGCAAGAGCAUAUAUUCACUUUUCUGACAACAUCUUUGCUGGGUUUGGCAAACUGGUAGAAUGGGAGGCAAGAGUCAAAGCUAUUGGCCAUGGACGGAGAACCAACAUAAGCAUGGAAGAGGCGUCUGAAGCAGCGCGAUCUACUCCCCCGAAUGCGGGGCAAUCGUCAAUCGUCAAUGAUGAGCUUGAGAUCUCCGAGGGGGACGUAGUGGUUGUUACGCCGGAUGACUAUGGCCGAGAGCCUGUGACUGGACGCCUGGUAGCGUUGACAGUUCGUCAAGUUGCUAUUGAAAAAGAACAUGGUGUUGCAGAGCGGAUAGUUGUUCAUUUUCCUCGUAUCGGUUUCCGUAUUGAAAGGUAA